GGCUGCAGCAGCGCGAGCGGCGCCCUGGUCCCGGCGCGCGCUCGCGGGCAUCACUCAGCCCCCCCUCCCCCACCGCGUCCGCCGCUUCGACUUUCUCUCUUUCCCCCGCUAGGCUCGGGGCGACGCCCGCGUGGAUGGGAUGGAAGCAGGACCCUCGGGAGCAGCAACCGCUGCAGGCACUUAUCUGCCACCCCUGCAGCAGGUAUUUCAAGCUCCUCGCCGGCCCGGGAUAGGAACUGUCGGGAAGCCAAUCAAACUCUUAGCCAACUACUUUGAAGUAGACAUUCCCAAGAUUGACGUCUAUCACUAUGAAGUUGACAUCAAGCCAGACAAGUGCCCACGCAGAGUCAACAGGGAGGUUGUGGAAUACAUGGUACAACACUUCAAACCUCAAAUCUUUGGAGAUCGGAAGCCGGUGUACGAUGGGAAAAAGAACAUCUAUACGGUCACUGCCCUGCCCAUUGGCAAUGAAAGGGUUGACUUUGAGGUGACGAUUCCAGGGGAAGGCAAAGACAGGAUAUUCAAGGUUUCAAUCAAGUGGAUGGCCAUUGUGAGCUGGCGGAUGCUUCACGAGGCCCUGGUGAGCGGGCAGAUUCCUGUUCCGCUGGAAUCUGUCCAAGCCCUUGAUGUUGCCAUGAGGCACCUGGCCUCCAUGAGGUACACGCCAGUGGGCCGUUCCUUCUUCUCUCCUCCUGAAGGGUACUAUCACCCGCUGGGAGGUGGUCGGGAGGUCUGGUUUGGGUUCCACCAGUCUGUCAGGCCCGCUAUGUGGAAGAUGAUGCUGAAUAUUGAUGUAUCAGCGACAGCCUUCUACAAGGCCCAGCCAGUGAUUGAGUUCAUGUGUGAGGUGCUGGACAUCCGGAACAUUGAUGAGCAGCCGAAGCCCCUGACUGAUUCUCAAAGAGUCCGUUUCACCAAGGAGAUCAAAGGUUUGAAAGUGGAGGUGACUCAUUGUGGACAGAUGAAGAGGAAAUACCGUGUGUGUAACGUUACUCGGAGGCCGGCUAGCCACCAAACGUUCCCUCUCCAGCUGGAGAGCGGUCAGACGGUGGAGUGCACAGUAGCGCAGUACUUCAAGCAGAAAUACAACCUCCAGCUCAAGUACCCCCACUUGCCAUGUCUUCAAGUCGGCCAAGAGCAGAAGCACACAUAUCUACCUCUGGAGGUAUGUAACAUUGUGGCUGGCCAGCGGUGCAUUAAGAAACUAACGGACAAUCAGACCUCCACCAUGAUCAAAGCAACAGCGAGGUCUGCCCCGGAUAGGCAAGAGGAGAUUAGCCGGCUGAUGAAGAACGCCAGUUAUAACCUGGAUCCAUACAUACAGGAGUUUGGCAUAAAGGUGAAGGAUGACAUGACUGAAGUGACUGGGCGUGUCCUGCCAGCCCCAAUUUUACAGUAUGGAGGACGGAACCGUGCCAUCGCCACACCCAACCAGGGGGUAUGGGACAUGAGGGGGAAGCAGUUCUACAAUGGCAUUGAGAUCAAAGUCUGGGCCAUAGCCUGUUUCGCCCCCCAGAAGCAAUGCAGGGAAGAAGUUCUGAAGAACUUUACAGACCAGCUACGCAAGAUCUCCAAGGAUGCAGGGAUGCCAAUCCAGGGCCAGCCGUGUUUCUGCAAAUAUGCACAAGGUGCGGACAGUGUGGAGCCCAUGUUCCGUCACCUUAAGAACACCUAUUCGGGGCUCCAGCUCAUCAUAGUCAUCCUGCCAGGGAAGACGCCGGUGUAUGCGGAGGUAAAGCGUGUGGGGGACACGCUCCUGGGGAUGGCUACCCAGUGCGUGCAGGUCAAGAAUGUUGUGAAGACAUCGCCACAGACUCUUUCCAACCUCUGCCUCAAGAUCAAUGUCAAGCUCGGCGGGAUCAACAACAUCCUGGUGCCUCACCAGCGAUCUGCUGUCUUUCAACAGCCAGUCAUAUUCCUUGGAGCUGAUGUGACUCAUCCCCCAGCAGGCGAUGGAAAGAAGCCUUCCAUAACAGCUGUGGUGGGCAGUAUGGAUGCCCACCCAAGCCGUUACUGUGCCACUGUGCGGGUUCAGCGGCCCCGGCAGGAGAUCAUAGAGGACCUGUCGUACAUGGUGAGAGAGCUCCUCAUCCAGUUUUACAAGUCCACUCGCUUCAAACCCACCCGCAUCAUCUUCUACCGUGAUGGAGUGCCGGAGGGACAGCUCCCACAGAUCCUUCAUUAUGAGCUCCUGGCCAUCCGUGACGCUUGCAUCAAAUUGGAGAAGGACUACCAGCCAGGCAUUACUUACAUUGUUGUACAGAAACGACACCACACUCGCCUCUUCUGUGCAGAUAAGAAUGAGAGGAUCGGUAAAAGUGGGAACAUUCCAGCAGGAACAACAGUGGAUACAAACAUUACUCAUCCAUUUGAGUUUGACUUCUACCUGUGUAGUCAUGCUGGCAUUCAGGGUACAAGCAGACCUUCCCAUUAUUACGUUCUUUGGGAUGACAACCGGUUUACAGCGGAUGAGCUUCAGAUUCUCACCUACCAGCUUUGCCACACUUACGUACGCUGCACUCGCUCAGUCUCUAUCCCAGCACCAGCAUACUAUGCCCGCUUGGUGGCAUUUCGGGCGCGAUAUCACCUUGUGGACAAAGAGCAUGACAGCGGAGAAGGCAGUCACAUAUCUGGCCAGAGUAAUGGUCGAGACCCUCAGGCCCUCGCCAAGGCCGUACAAGUUCAUCAGGACACUUUACGUACCAUGUACUUUGCUUGAAAGUAUAACUUUUUUUACCUCACUCCAGAAAGCUUUCAGAUUUGUAGGAGCCAUAAUUUAAAAAGAGGAAGCAUUGGGAGCACCUUAUGGGCAUCCAAUGAGAAAUCACUGCAGGGCGCAGAUGGCGUUGGAGGCAGGAAACCAGCAUCCUCUGGAAUGAAUGCAGGAGAGCCACUUAACCGGUUGAACACACCUUUGUAGUCUUUGUUUUUCAGGCUUUCUAGUUACCUGACCAAACACACUAAGUAUUUAAACCAUGGAAGAGAUCUGACUUCCUGUUAAGAAAAAAACAAAACGGUUUUCACUAUUGGGAUGGGGCGGGGGGGGGGCGCAAUAUUAGACUAUCUCGACUGUGAAAUAACUUUUUUGGUUCUCCAAUGCCAAAUCCAAACGCUGGUAAGAUUUUUGUUUGUUAUUGUUUGGGAUGGGUGGGGGAAAUGGGAUUUGUAGAGCCUUAAAACAGAUGACUAGAUUUAUAAAAACUAAUAUUUUAGGAUACAAGAUGCUUUAAUUGGUGAAGAAGAAGAAAAAGCCAGUAGUUUAUAGAUUAAUUUUAACACUCUUACCCUUCCCUAUGAAGAAAUUUUCUCCCCUUUAUAUAUAAUAAUAAUAAAUAAAUAAAAUAAUAAUAAUAAUAAAUAAUAAUAAUGUAAGGCACCCCCAGCACUUACCACAAUGCCGAAAAGGAAACUUGUCUUCCGCCUGUUUAAAAGUGGGAUAGCUGCUGCCCUUUUAAUGCAGCAGUCACAUACUCAAAUGUGGGCGAGUGCCUUACUGCAAUGCUGCAAAAUGUUGAUGUUCGUUCACCUUUCAAAGGAACAGAAAAGCAAACCAAGGAUACUCUUGUCUCGGUGGUGGUCCAAAAAAAUCUCCAUCUUGAAGGUAUUAGGAGUUCUUUUUUUUUUUAAAUGUUCACACAAAGCUUUCAUUUUCAUGUUAGCCUCACAGCCUCACGAUGGGUUAAAAUUCUGUGCACUUUUAACAUGACAUAUGAAUUUGGAGAGCUGCUGAUAAAACCUGUUUUUGUUCUUUUGUUUUUAUUUGAUGUUGAUUUAAUUGUUCUUGAUGUAUUUCUUGAGUGGAAUUUUUUUUAAAAAAAUUUAAUUUAAAAACUACAUUUCUAACAAACGGGGUUUUGCAAGAAGAAGAAUGUUUUUGCCUGCCCCAUGAGCACAAACAAGAAACUCCAUUAUCAAUUGAUGUCCUGACUUUUUUUUAUAUGCCGGUGAAAUUUUUUAUUACCAAGUGUUAUUUUUAUACGGUGCCAAGUCUUAUUGCCAAAACUUACUCAAAUCACUUAUAUCUUCUCAGCAUUUACAUCACAAUAUUCCCCCAGCAGCCACCUCAUACUUUGGAGUUUUCCUAUAGCAUAUGUGGUGGGUUGUGUUAAGAGAUUUUUGCUUGCUUUGGCAGCAUGUGUACUAAAAGGCAAGUGAUAGAGAUUAGCGAGAGGCUGGCUGCUUUUCCAUUAAUUGAGCUGCAAUCCACAAAAUCUUUUAUUUCUAAAGUUUCAUUCUAUUUUUCCUUUACAGUUUUAUAAUAGUUUUAGGUCCAGCAUGUUCUCAAAACUGCCCUGAUGGUUUCUGCUGCCAACCCCCCUCCCCCAUGCAAAUAAACAAAAACCCACUUGGCUCUUCCUUGGAUCAGAACAACAACAUCAUGCACUUUGCUCUAUCUAUGUAGACAUAGUUCGUAUUCACAAGACAAAUCUAUUCUGUCCCCCCGUGAUGAUGAAUUUCAAACUUCCUACAAGAAGCUACUUGUGCUUUCAAGGCUGGAGGUUCUCUGUCAUAUUCUGUUACGGACACAUUCUUGCCAUUUUAGUACAAAAGCAGGCAUGUGGUGAGAGAAGGAAAUGUCACCUAUACUCAAGCCACAUUGUCUUUUCAGAUUAUUAUCUUAAACUGCCAAAAUCUUUUUUUUAAAAAAAGGAAGGUUGAACCUGUGCAGCCAUGCCACUCUCUUUAUAGGCACACCCUGUUAAAGCAUAUUCUUUGCAGCUUGUGAGGCAAUACUGAUUUUACCACUCAAGCAUCAAGUGUCAAGUCAGGUAUCCCAUCCUUUUUAUUUUCACUCCUCCAUCCCAUCCCCUUCUCUCUCCAAUUGCCAUUUUGGGGGCAGAAUGUUAACCCAUCAUAAUGGGUUGCAUAAUGCUAUGCAAAAAACAAAAAAAAUGGGCCACAGAAUGGAGCACUGUUGUGUUUUACAUUACUUGGGCAUUAUGGCUCAUAUUCUUUAGCCUGGUCCCAAAGAACUGCUGUAGGAAUGCUUGUGUGCAGCUGCUGAGAUUUCUGACCUUGAGCAUCAGAUCUCCACUUCAUAUCACAACUGGCUUUUAGCAUUUCCCCAGGUUCCAGAAUGGUUCACCUGCUUUACUUGGGAAGAUGUGUGCCUGCUUACUGGUUUUUGAAGCACAAGUCCAAUGCACUAUUGGCUGCACACAGUGAGUUAUGCAGUUCUUUGGAUCUUUGACUCCUCUCUUUCCCCGCUGGUUUCCUUUUUCCUCUCACUCAGCUGCUUUGUAUCCCGCAAGGCUGGGAAUUGCUUUGCUUUGGGCAGAGUCCGGUCAGCAAAAGCAUCAGUCUGGAAAAGCUGAUCUUCUUAACCAAGUGCCUGCAUGGGUAAACACAUUAUCAUCUUCCAGCAUGAACCUAGAUUAUGAGCCCUGUGUUUUUCAGAAAGAGAUGUUGGGGAGUCCCCCCUCUUACUUGGGCUUGUGAGUGAGAAUGAUUUUAUUUAUAGAAGCAGCUUUUUGAGUUCUUUGCAUCCCCUUCAUGUCCUCUGCGCCUCUGUCUCUGUGCUUGGAGUGGGAUUUGUAAGUUCAGUCACCAGCAUUGCAACUAAAAUAUUUGGUCCAAGAUUCAGAAGCGUUUUGAGCAAAAAUGACUUGGGCAUUUUCAGAACCUGGGGGGUGGGGGAGAUGGAGGGAAUCUGAGAAAUAUUCAGCUUUGUUUAAAAAAAAUUGCUUUAAAACAAACACAAACCUCCAGGACUUGAAUUGUUAUCAGAUAUUUGCACUCCGCUGUUAAGUAGCUGCUUUGAAUGAAUUGGUGUUGGCAUGACCUAAUGAGACAGGCAGCUAGGGCAGGCUUUGCCAACCUGGUGCUCUCCAGUUGUUUUACACUGCUUUGAGUUGCCUGGGGAGUGCAAAUCAUCUAGAAGGCACAAGGUUGCUGAAGGUUGAGCUAGAAGAAACAUACCUGUUUCAAAGCGCUUUCUGGCCCAUCCUUCACUUCUCCCUCCCACCCACCUGGUGCAUGCGGAAUUUUCACUAAGUGCCGUAAAUGAUGUCAUUGCUGCACCCUCUAUUGAACAAAGUUUCUGGGUUCGGGGUAUUUCCCCUCCCCCCUUUAGAUGUUCUACUUAAUGAGUUAGAUCUUCCUGCAUGUUCUGUGUAAUGGAGGCUCCCUGUUCCAUUCCCGCUUAGGUUUGGCAAAGCUGUAUAUUAUAUCCUCUUGAUAGUCCACGAGAGCACAUAGCAGGAGGUGGCAUUCUUUCUUUUGUACCACAGACUGUGUCCACUUUGGGGGCGUUGCAAGGCUACCAAUAAGAUAUUUGAAUACGCAUUUUGGAGCAUUUAACCUUGCACCUUAAGUCUGUUUCUUGUCACUAUGUUGCCCUUCUGCAGCUGAAAAUGUUGCCAAAUUCUCACUUUGUGUGUGUGUGUGUGUGUGUGUUUGCAUUUGCAUUUGCGUGAGGGUUUGGGAGGCAGCAUAAUUAUGUAGCUAUCUGUUGUUGGCUCUUGUUUUUUAUUUUACCUGCACUGCUGCUAGUUCCAAUUUAAUGCUUAUAUUUGAGCAAAAGACACUGGGCUGGGUGGAAGAGGAUGGUGAAGAAGGCAAGAACCUGUGCCACAAAAGAUUGCACGGAGCAGUACAAAAACUGGACUGGGAUUCAAGGUGGCCCUUAGGUUUGUGCCAAGGGGCUUAUAUGAGCCCAGUGGAAUAUUU